AUGCAAGCCAUCGUGGCCUACAGCAAUGCCACCUUUGCCUUGAGUCGCCUCAAUGUUCGCAAAGCUGUGCCAUCGCACUGUGCUCCAGCAGCCGCCUGGAGGCACUUCGCUGCGGACUCGCAGUCGCGCUUGGCCAUCGCAGCUGCGCUCGCUCAGCAGAUCCAGGCUCACAUCCAGCCGAUCCUUGAUCACAUGCCUCAGUAUGCCUACUGUUCCGGAAGAGGUUGUAGCGACGCCAUUUUGCGCGUCCACCAACAUUUUGAGCAGGUCGAAGGGCUGCAGCAAAGCCAGGCUAGCAAUCGAUUCCGAAUGAAGUCGGGCGCCAAGCAACUCCGGUGCUACGGAGGCAUGUGCCUCUCCUUGGAUCUCUCCAAGGCUUUUGAUUCAGUUUGCAGAGACAAGCUCACUCAGUCAUUGCUCGAUGGUAUCUCCAAUGAUGUCAUCAGUGCUGUCCAACAGCUGCACAGGUCCGCAAAGUAUGUGUUCCGGCUUGACCGAGAGACAGGCCACACCCUUACCACGUGUGGUAUCAAGCAGGGGUGCCGUGCGGCACCCGCGCUUUGGACCUGCUUGACCUUGUCCAUCAUGGAGUCCUUAGUCCACCGCCGCAGCAUCGAGUGGCUGCACAGGACCCUCACCGCCUUUGCCGACGAUUUUUGCGGCUGCUGGGCAAUCACGUCAGCCUGUGAGCUCCUCAAAGCAGUCAAAGACCUUGAAUUGAUCCUGGACAUCCUAGCAUCCUUUCGGCUGCAAGUCAACUUUCAAAAGACUGCUCUACUCAUUAGUGUCAAAGGCAAAGAUGCCAAGGCGACCCUAAACACCCUCCUUGUUCACAAGGCCGGAGUACCCCACCUCAAGGUUCAGGUUCAGGGCAAAGAGCAGCUGUUGAAGAUUUGCGAGUCCCAUACCUACCUUGGUACCAAAUUGGCGUACCGCAAUCGUCGUGAUCUCAACGUGGCUCACAGAAUUUCGGCUGCCCAAACCAGAUACCAGCAGAUCCGUAAGGUUCUCAAUGGUAGGAACCCCCUUUCGACUAAAUACCGCCUGAGACUUUGGGCCGCUUGUGUCAACAGCUCGCUUCUCUACUCGCUCGAGGCAGUAGGCUGCUCACUCAAAGGCCUUCGCAAGCUCUAUACGCUAGCCACCCGCCAUAUCAGAGCCAUACUUAAACUGCCUGCCCAUCUCUCACGCGUCACCGACGUGACCAUAUGGGACACUGCAGGCCUCCAGCCUCCGGAGCAGCACAUCCUCCAGCGCAUGCAGAAGUUCAGCGACAGCCGUGACCCGAGCUGCAGCCCGCACGGGCCAGACCUUGUCAACAAUAGCUCGGUGGUGCAGCAGAUAGGAGCUUUACUCAGCCAGCACCAGGUCCAUCUCUUGCGUCUUGCGGAGGAACGAGCAACGACCCAGGCCGAUGGCUCGGAUCAGGAGUUUGCUGUAGGGGUUCCAUGCCAGCACUGUGGGUUAGAGUUACCCACGCAACAUGCACUUCGCAUCCACAUAGGCCUGAAGCACAAGACUCAGCAGAGAGACGAUCAGCCAAAGAUGGUCACCUUCUCAGCUCAGCAACAUGCUGUAGACGGCAUGCCCACUUGCAGGUUAUGUCAAAGAAGCUUCACCAAAUGGAGGCAGCUAAAGCUGCACAUCGAGCGCGGCUCCUGCCCCCGCCUCGGAGGCUCCAGUUUUCUUCUCAGCCCUCCGGCUCCGGACAACCACCUUCUGCCUGGUAGGCAGCAACCCACCGCAUCGACUGCGCAGCGGCAGGAGACACCUGACGCCAGCAGUGAAGCCGUUGUCGAAAAUUCAGCGUACCUGCCUCUUGUUCACCAGCCUGACUUUCGUAGCCGAAUCCACAACUGGGAGAAGCUGCUCGUUUGCCGUGAAACUAAGGACUCAAGGAGGCUGCCACCCCUUUGCCUCUCUUUCAAACGGCAGUUCACGCGCAAUCGUAGCUGCAAGUACUGUGGAACCACCGUGGGUGCCGCUUCCAGGAUGUCCGGAGCCCUGGAGUCGGAGAUCUUUGCUCAUUGCAUGCCCUCGGGGCAGUUGGGAGCCAAGCCGGCGGUGAGUACCGAGCAGCCGCAGAAGCGACCGAGACCGGAGCACACUGGUCGCUCUCAGGGUCGCAGGCGUCCGUUCGGGCCACAGGGAGGGUCGAACACGUACCAGGCCCAAGCUCCCAUGGAUCCCACACUUCGCUUGAUGAGCAAACUCAUUCUCAAGCACGAGGCGACCUUACCAGGCGUACGCUUCAGACAAGACGAGCACAGCUUGCUGCCCAACCUCAUGCAGGUGUCAAAAGAGUGGCACGACAAGAGGGCAGCGGGAGACAUGUCCCUGACCUCACCUCUCAAGACAGUUCUCAUGGGCUGUCUCUUGCAAGAGUUGCUAGCGCGCCUGCAAAGGGUAGCCUCCACAGAGCAAGGGCAAGACUCACUCCGGAAGGCCAAGUGGAUCAACGAAAGCGGCUCAUGGAACUAUUUAAAGUGGUCCCAGAGGGAGCGCCGCCUCAUCCUCGACGAGAACAGGGAGCCACUGAGCCACGCGGAGGCCACCAGAACACUGAGCACCCUCCACACUCAGAUGUCAGGCGCCAUAAUCCAGCACUUUCAAUCGACUCAGCCGCUGUGGCGACUGUCAGAGCAGGGGCACCAACAGGCCACAUUCGAGUUGGAGAUUGCCUUGAGGGGCGCUGCGGCAGAGGAGACCUGGACCCUCUUCCGCUCUCUAUGCGGAUCGGCCGUAACGAACCUUGCCGGGUUCUCCAUGAAGGUGGACGACCAGCCGAGGCAGCACUUGGCCAAGGAACUGGCCAACCUGACGUAUGUGGGAGGUCUCUGA